AUGGAUAAUAAGAGAAAACGUAACGGUAACGAUGAUUUUACUGGUGAUUCUCAUUUGAAAUCUAGAAGCUUACAUAAAGAUGAGGACAGUAUUAUAUGUAAUGAUCCUCCAUGUAACGGUAUAGCAGUUAGUGCUAAGUAUUACCCUUCGCAUGUAGAAAUGUAUCAUGACCAAACAUGCAUAGAAUGUGGUAAGAACCUCGUUAAAGAAUCGUUGUUAAAUUUGCACCAAGAAGAAGUACAUAAUCCUUUAUUUUAUGGUCGUAGACUCCGAUGUUUUGAAUCCGAUUGUUUACAAGAGUUCGAAUCGCAUGCUCAACGUCGCAAGCAUUUGAUUGAGUUUCACCAUUACCCUUGCGACGAUGAUAAACUAGAUAUGAUAUACACAGGUUAUAGCUUAAGCCUUACUUGA